CGCAUGCGUGCGGGGCAGUGGAGCAGAGCGAGGGUUUGCAGUGAUGGGUGUGUGAACGAGUACUAGAGUUAGUCUUUAUCGGACACCAAUGGAGAAACGCUAAUGGGGUCUGAAUUGGAGAUGGAAAAAUGUCCACCACAGAAUGCUGGAAAUACAACCCAAGUGCAGAAUACUCCUCACAACUCUCACGUCCUGGGAAGUGUGAACAACCAAACAGUGGGCUUGUUUAACUCCCCCUCAGAUGCCUGCUGCUUCUGUUGGUGUUGCUGCUGCAGCUGUUCUUGUCUUUCAGUACGCUCUGCUAAGGAGGAAAGAAUUCUCUCAACGAUCUCUGAAAAACAAGAGGACAUCGAUACCAACCAAAUGCCCGAGCUCACUCUGGACGAGGUACAAGCAUGGGGAGAGUCAUUUGAGCGGUUAAUAAAAAGUGCACAAGGUCGUUUGCACUUCAGACAGUUUCUUAAGACUGAGUUUAGUGAAGAAAACCUGAUGUUCUGGCUCGCCUGUGAGGAUCUAAAGAAAGAGACCAACAAAACCUUGGUAGAACAGACUGUGAAACAAAUAUAUGAGGACUACGUUUCUGUAUUGUCACCUAAAGAGGUAAGUCUGGAUUCACGUGCACGUGAAGUGAUCAGCAGGAACAUGCUGGAACCCUCAUCAUGCACGUUUGAGGAGGCACAACAGCAGAUCUACACGCUAAUGCAGCGAGACUCCUACUCACGAUAUAUGAACUCUAGCCUGUACGCAGACCUCAUACAGAGCUUUGAACAAGUCAACGAGUCUUAACAUACAUCAGCGAAUAUGCACAAGGCCUCUUAAUCUACGUUGAAGACCAGAUGGAUCCUUUUGGCUCUGUUUAGACUUACCAUCCAUCCCAAGUGAUCAGGUCAGCCAAGACUGGCAUACACAUCUGUUUUAUUUACACAUCUAAACUGCAUCUCCUGUGACCACCUGUUACUGUAUUUAGUUAUUAAAUAUUUGAAUAUACAUUUUUUUAGAUGAAAUGGCUGGAAUAACAAGUCUUUUACAAUUUGGGGGUCUAUGUACACUGGUGCGCUAGUUCUAUUUUUAUUUCAAAUACAAUGUAUUUUAUUAAUUCUCCCAGAACAUGGAUAUGCACUUAAGAUAGCAGAGCCGUAAUUGUGCCUUGCCUCACAUUAGGAUAAGCUAGAAGAUGAUACAGCUUAAAAUACUGGUGCUGUCAAAUAGUUUCAGUCUAGAUGGGUUAGAUUUUAAAUGUGAAAUAAUACAAAUAGAUUAUCAACUCAGUCCAGCUCUGUGGUGACAUCUGUGUAUGAUUUAAUGCAUAAAUGAAUUUAAUGUACAAUUAUAUAUUAUAUAUAUAUAUAUAUAUAUAUAUAUAUAUAUAUAUAUAUCUGUAAAGUGCAAAGCAGAACUGUGUCCCAGUAAUCUGUUUUACAGUCUUUAAUUUGAAAAUACUGUAACAGAUAUGAUGUAUUUUAAGAUAUAUUUUAAGAAUAUUUCAUCAGAUCGUCAUAUGUUGAAAAGGGAGCAAAUUGCUUUGUAAUUUUAACAUUAAGGAAGUCUUUGAAUCAAAGACAUCUAUUCAUAAACGUUAAAAAUUACUGUUCAUUUUUUUAAUAUCAUCUCAUCCCAAAGUACAGGAUUCAUACACAUUUUUAUCAAUACUUUCCAGGAUUUUCCAUGACUUUUGAGACAAUAUUCAUGACCUAAGGCUGAUGAAAAAUUGCCCCAUGUAUUAUCACCAUAAUGUUCUAUUACUUUACAAAAAUAAUACAUUUAUCAUAGUAAAUAACUAAAAUAAAUGACUUUUGAUGCUA